UGUGUCAGUUUAUUGUCAGUGACCGAGUGACAUUUAAUCAAUCUAUGUUUAUCAUUCGCUUUGUAAAGUCGUGAACUGUAAUAGUUAAAUUACCGAAGGAAAAGUGUGAUAUGCUUUAAAUAGCAAUGAAUAACAACAUCAAGUCUUAUAAACGUAAAGUACUGUUGAAAUAACCUAAAAGUUUUACAGACGUAAAAUUGUAUCCCGUUAAUAUAAGAAUUAAAACGAUGAUAUUGGCUCACGGAAUAUUUUAUGGGGUUUAGAUUGAUUAGUCGUAGUUUCCGUAUAUUUACUGGUACAAUUAAAAGAAUGGAGUUCCCUGAUCCACCUUCGAAAGCAGCCUUGUGUUGCCCAAUAGAAUCGGUGGAAGGCGCUCCGCCGACGUAUGCUAUGUACGAAGCCCUAAAGGAUUCUUGCCAGAAUAAUGCAACUUUCUUCCAACCAGAUGACAGUGAGAAUGGCCAACGUUUGUACCAGGGGUUCAUGACGUUAAUAGACCACAUUGAUACAGUGUGGCCGCUGGUUGACCAUGUACGAAAGGUAGCACCUCUAUACGACUUCGAUGCAAAAUCCCCUGGCAACGGAUACCGCAGCUUCGUUUCGGUUGUGGAUUCCUGCGUGCUGCACGGACUCAAACUGAGCCGGCAAGUGUGCACGGGACGAGACGCACUGCUCUUUCGGAAAGGAUAUUUCGUUAAGGAAGUAGAGUCAUGCGGUCAACUGCUAGCGUCACUAGGCACGUGUCUUCACCACCUACAGACGCUACUAUCUUGGGCCCCGCCGGGAGAACUGUUCCCAUCCGAGGGUCAUUCACCAGAGGAACUGUUCUCGCAAGCGGACAACAUCAAUCAGUAUUGUUUUUAUGGAAGAUGUCUUGGUUUUCAGUUUCUACCUUCAAUGAGGGGUAUACUCAAAGGUAUAUCAAUAUGCAUGGCCGGCUUCUCAGAGGCCUACUACAGUCAUGGAAAUUUAAUCAGUUCAGUUUGGACCGGAGGGCAGUACCUGAUAGACCCGGAAAUGCGGGCGCGCAGAAUUGUUAAUAUUUCGCAGUCCGCUAGCAUAGAAUUCUGCAAGGCGUUUUGGUUUCUGGCUGAAAGUGAAAUAAUGAAGAGAGUGCCAAGCCUAAUGUCGUCAACAGUGGCCGUGAAUAAAAUAAUAACAAUAUUACCCGAGCCGCUCGUGGUCAAUACUAUGGAGGGCAAGGAAUUCACAGCCCUGCCGCCCACUGUGCAUAUAGGACUUCAGGGGCUUAACGUUAGACUGAUCAGCGUCAAUAAACGAGUUGGCAUGUCAGGUGAGGGAUCCACAUCACUACCAGCAUCAGAUGGCAUUCUAUUCCAUUGUCACGGUGGUGGUUUUGUCGCCCAAAGCUCAAAAUCUCAUGAAACAUACCUUAGGGAUUGGGCGGCUAAACUUGGUAUGCCCAUCUUAUCAGUUGAUUAUAGUCUGGCACCGCAAGCACCGUUUCCAAGGGCUUUAGAAGAGGUUUUUUACGCGUAUUGUUGGAUGAUUAACCACUUUAAGGAAAUUGGUACUACUGGUAAGAGAAUAGUUUUCGCUGGUGAUUCGGCAGGAGCGAAUUUAAUAGCGGGGUGCACCCUUAAAAUUUUGGGUGCUGGAUUACGACCUCCCGACGGGUUGUUCAUGGCUUACGCCCCGUUACUCGUCAGUUUUAUACCGAGCCCUGCGAGGCUACUUUGUUUAAUGGACCCCAUACUGCCUUUCGGAUUCAUGAUGAGGUGCCUUAAAGCGUAUGCGAGUCCAAACGUGAAGGGUGGCAAAGAAGACAAAUGCCCGAGUAAAGAACUUACGUUAUCAAAUGCAACCAGUCCCAUUGAAGGAAACGGUUUUCUGAAAGUUAGCCCAUCACAAGAAGGCAUAAGCGAAGGUCCGUCAUCGUUCGAAGAGGUGUCACCGUCGGAUCUAGCGGAAUUACAGGCGCACAAAUCGGGUAGCGAAAGGAGAAAGUCCUCCGAUACUACAAUAAGUGCGGCGUCGCUGCAAAGCGAACACACUGCUACGGGUAUAACACCAGCGGAGGACAAGUCCCAACAGUACGUAUCAGAUUUCCUUGAGCGGUACGUUUUCGACAGCGAUACGGAUUCCGAGGGACGCCGGUUCCCAAUCGUAAAGCCAAACAAACAAGAUCCCUCCUACAGGGAGCCAGUGUCGGAGAAUUCUAGCACAUUGAUCGGCGAACCGCCUUUAAUACAAGACUCAGAACUAAAAGACAAGAAAAGGAUUAAAAAUCGUAUAAGUGAAGCGGCCACUGGUUUAAUGGGUGCGAUGUCUUCUCGCCUAGCGUAUAUAACGGGUUCAAAUAAUAUAAGACCCACGCAGGAAGAGUUAGCGGUGCGAACUAACCUAGACUCGUUGAUAGCGCGCAGUCCGUCCGACGAGUUCAUAUUCUCCGUGCCCAAAGACCCGCUGCUGUCGCCGUAUUGGGCCGACGAAGAAUUGCUCAGGAAAUUCCCUCCAGUUAGAAUAUUGACUGUACACUUGGACCCUUGCCUUGAUGACUGCGUGAUGUUCGCGAAGAAACUAAAAGUUCUUGGCAACGAAGUAGGCAUCGAUGUUCUAGAAGGUUUACCGCAUGGAUUCUUAAAUUUCUCUCUGAUGGCCAAAGAAGCGAACGAAGGCUCAAAACUGUGUAUAGAACGUAUAAAACAAUUGCUCGACUUAGAAAAUCAUGCGACUACCCCCGAAAAUAAUCACUUAUGAAUGUGCGGCCUCUGCGGUAUUACUAGGUCUUAGUGCUUAUUUGUGAAGCAUGUGCCUAAUUUCACAGAUUAUAUAUUAGGCCUAGCGUAAACGACCGUCAUUAAUCGGUCCAAGAUUUUGUUCAAAAUAGACGCUACAUUCUCGGUUAUACCAAAAAUAAUAGUUCAAUCUACUCUCGCUGGCCUGAUCCAUAAAUUGUUAAUAUAUUGCUAUAUUAUGAUUGCAAAGUCCUACAUUCUAUAAUCGGAUACUGAAAGCCUUAUGAGGUCUGAAACCGAUCUUGGUUUUAGGCUUUUAUCCCAACCUGAAGUUGACAAAAGUUACCCAUUAUCUGACACUUUCGGUUCCCCACGACUCGUCUGCGUUUAAAUUCUGGUAUGUUUCCCAAAAAAGCUUGAAUUUGCUUUACUACAGAAUCCGCAAUUUUAUGAUGCUCCUAUAUUACGUUGAGAUCAGUGCAAUCUGUGAGCUUAACAAACAAACUGACAUUUCAGCAUCCACAUAACCAAUCACAGAAACGAACUUGUUGAAAUUCGACAUAUACCUAACUCGUAUCCUGAAUAUAGAAAUUAAAGGGAUUUCAAUUAAAUUAUAGCAACUGUUACUCGUGAAAGUGGUCACUGUGCAACAGAUAUAAGCAAAGUGUUACAUCCAUCCUGAAUACGGACGGGCAAAGAAUUAUUUUUAUAUACAGCACAGCAUUUUUAUAAAAAUCAAAAAAUAUGCGGACGAAGUCGUGGGCUAAAUUAGUUUAUAAUAUUACCAUGCAAUAUCCUCGAAUACACGACCAGAAAUAUUGGCAACAUUCUUCAGAUAACAAUUAAGUUAGCAACACCUGUGUUUAAUUAGUGCAUUAACAGGGUUAAUUAAAAAUACCAGAAAGCUCUCAGCCCUAUAGUUGCUAUCAUAAAAAAUAAAAACGU